UUUUAUAACCUUAUUUCUACGCUACUGUAUUAGAUUAAUUACUCACACUUAUCAAAAAAUAAUUAUUGAAAAUGUACUUCAUACACAACAGAGAGUGCUUUUAAAAUAAAAUAAGAAAGUGAAAUAUUCAAUAAUUAACCUCCUACAUGUAAAAUAUAUAGUGAAAAUUAUGGCAUCAUUUCCAUAUUUUUCACAAGGUACAGUCGUUAAAGGAUUUGGACGUGGUAGCAAGGAAUUAGGGAUUCCAACAGCCAAUUUACCUGAGGAAGUCGUGAAUCAAUUACCAAGUCAUAUAGAUACGGGUGUCUAUUAUGGUUGGGCCUCCGUAAAUAAUGGCCCUGUUUAUAAAAUGGUCAUGAGCAUAGGAUGGAAUCCGUAUUACAAAAAUACGGUCAAAUCAAUGGAAGCACAUUUAAUACAUGUAUUUGACGAUGAUUUUUAUGGGUCGAACCUGAAAGUAUGUAUUUUAGGAUAUUUACGACCCGAACGAGGAUUUUCAUCUUUAGAGGAAUUAAAAACUGCAAUUUUCAAUGAUAUUGAAAAUGGGAAGACAAAACUGGACGAAGAAUCUAACCAAAAAUAUAAAGACCAUGAAUUUUUUCUAUCAUAAUAUUUGAUGUAACUAGAAGAAAUUUUUAAUACGUUUCGUACUUUUUAAAUUUUGAUAUGUGAUGUCAGUCAGACAUUUUCACUUAUCACAAUUUAACUUAUUAAGAUUUUCUUAAAAAAAAUUAUUUUAUUACUACGACAAAAAUUUAGAAACACAAAUUCACGAUUAUCAAAAGUUGUUCUAUAUUUAAAAGGUUGAUUUACACAGUUACUAGUAAUUCGCAUCUCAAAUCAUCAUUUUCAUUAAUACAUCUUUGAGUGUCAAAUAUUAACUUUAAAAUUUGAAAUAGGAAAAUCCACCUCUGUGCUCAAAUAGAAAAACAAAAGUGACAUUGUUCUGAAUUUUGCAUUGAAUAUCUGAAAUACAAAACCACAUUCGACUGUUUUCUGAUCUUAACUGAAAAGUUUGUUUGGUUGAUGCUAAUCUCAGGAACUACUGGUUCGAAUUGAAAAAUUAUUUUAGUGUUGGAUAGCUCAUUAAUCGAUGAAGGCUAUAGGCUAUAUAACAUCACGCUUCAGCAGUUAUCCGCCCGCUUCGCUGAACGAUUUCGAAAACUACUGGAUGGAUUUUAAUGAAACUUUAUAAUAAUAUAGCUCAUACAUUAGAAUAACACAUAGGCUAUAAUUUAUAAAUAUAGCAGUUACUCGCCC